AGAAAACUUCGGAAUCGGAAAACGCUCUCUCUCUCUCUCUCGCUUCCAUUUUCACAUUCAGAUUUCUCGCGAAUUCGAGAGUGCUGUGGUUGUUGCUCAGAUAGAAGGAAGCCAAAAUGGGGUUGAGCUUUACGAAGCUGUUCGGUAAGCUAUUUUCUAAGAAAGAGAUGCGCAUUUUGAUGGUUGGUCUUGAUGCUGCUGGUAAGACCACGAUCUUGUACAAGCUAAAGCUCGGAGAAAUUGUGACCACCAUCCCGACCAUCGGAUUUAAUGUGGAGACUGUGGAAUACAAGAACAUCAGCUUUACCGUUUGGGACGUAGGUGGUCAGGACAAGAUCCGUCCACUUUGGAGGCAUUACUUCCAGAAUACACAGGGCCUUAUUUUUGUUGUGGAUAGCAAUGAUAGGGACCGAGUCGUAGAGGCAAGAGAUGAGCUGCACAGGAUGUUGAAUGAAGAUGAGCUUAGAGAUGCUGUUUUGCUUGUAUUUGCUAACAAGCAAGAUCUUCCUAAUGCCAUGAAUGCUGCAGAAAUAACUGACAAACUCGGUCUUCACUCCCUUCGUCAGCGCCACUGGUACAUCCAGAGCACCUGCGCCACAUCUGGAGAGGGCCUAUACGAAGGUUUGGACUGGCUUUCCAACAACAUUGUUAGCAAGGCUUGAGACGACAAAUGAUUUGGUUGCUCAGGACUAUGUUCAGUGUUCUCCCAUUCUGGAAAGGAUAGUUUCAUUUAUUUAUUUAUUUAUUU